AUGGAGCUUGCAUCUUUUGUGACUAGCAGUGUUCUUCUUCAGAAAUCAUGGGGUGUCAUCACGUCCCGUUAUGCGGGCAUAAUUUCAAUCCAGGGAGAGGGAUUAUCAUGGAAAAUUUAUGAAGAACCGGAUCCAGGUUUGACCAUUAUAGCGUUUGAGGUGAUGCAACAAAUUUCUUCUAAUCACCAAGAUUCUCCUAUGGUUCCAUCUCGUGCUUUCCCAGAGAAUAUUUUCUAUCUCUUUGACUUUCUGUUUACCAAGAAAACUCCAUUCUCUGUUAACAAAACUGCAAUUUCACUCUGCUAUGAAAAUUAUGAGAAGCUUGCUGAACUGCUAUCCGAGGCUAAUAGAUCCCACUGCUUGAUUGUUACUGGACAUGCUCUGGGGGGACCAAUAGCUUCUCUUUUCACUUUAGCACUAACAAAUAGCAUUGAUCAUAGAAAGAAACUUCCACUCUGCAUCACCUUUGGUUCUCCCCUUGUUGGUGACAAGACGUUGCAAGAAGCCAUAUCACUUAGUUCUACUUGGAAUUCUUGCUUUCUACAUGUGGUCUCUUCCACAGACCAAGUUUGCAAAAUAUUGAAUCCUCACACCAGUGCUUACAUGCCUUUUGGGACAUUUCUCUUCUGUUCUGAAAUAAAUUCUACUUGUUUUGAAAGCCCCGAGUCUGCUUUGAAACUUCUUGUGAGGUCAAUCAAUGAUCAAAAUCAAGAAUUUCAGCCUAUAGAUUAUGGAAAGAUUGUGGAAAAUCUCUAUAAUAAAGCAAUUUGCAAGGACUUUACCCCAGUGGGGAUGGACUUGACUCAUCCUAAUUCACCGCGUAUAAGUAUCUUUUUGCAGUUGUGUGCAGCACUUGGAUUGACACCAGAUAUGAAGCAGCAGCAACAACAGAACACUGAAAUGAAUACUUUGGCAAUAAAGAUGGAAAAACUGGAAGAGAAGUUCGUUUGCCAGAAGAGGAUGAAAUUUUAUUCAUCCAAGUUAUUGAAUGAAGUCUUCUGGUCUAGACAUCGAAAUAUUGGGUACUAUGACAGCUACAAGAACAUGGAUUCACAAGGAAGAAAAGAAACUGUUGAGCUCUGUAAAAUGCUCAGAAAUCACUGGGAAAAGAUGGUAGAGGAAGCUUUUAAGAAGGGCAAGAGGGGCUAUGCAGUCUUUCAAAGUCGUUGGUUAUAUGCUGCGUACAUGAGAAUGGUUGAACCCUUAGCUAUUGCUGAAUACUAUAUAGAUGGUGGUAAGUACUAUGUGAAUAAUAGACCUAAACACUUCCUAGAGUUGGAGCAGUGGUUGGAUGAAUCAACAAAAGAAGGGACAAUAGAAGCCAAAACAGGGACCUUGGGGGCAGCUAUUUUAACACCAGAAAACAGUUGUUACUUUUUGGAAUGUAUUGAAAAGGCUCUCGUUUCUCGCCAAUGA